UGGAACUCUCUGCCAUACGUUCAACUCCAGGAAUGUUCGAUAUCGACGGAUACCCUUUACUACGUAUAAGAGGUCGGAAUCUAGUGGAACUCAUAUUUAUGCUUGCUUGCCUACUAGAUGUUCCGAUGACAGUACUUGCACUAACAAUAAUUGUCAAAAGCACUCCACCACAAAUGAAAGCUUACAAAUGGAUUAUCAUAAAUCUAACGGGCACAACAUUUGUCACAGAUUUCACAAUAUGUUUCCUAUACGACCCUAUUCCGCUAUUUCCAGACAUCGCCUGCUACUCGAAAGCA